AUGGCGCUCCCCGACGACAAAGAACUCGAGGCCAUCUUCGGCGAUACCAUCGACCUGACGACAUUCAAGCAGAUUCUCGAGAUGGACGAGCCUGGUGACAACGAGUUCAGCUCGUCCAUUGUGUUUGGAUUCUUUGAUCAAGCUGAGGAGACCUUUGCGUCCAUGGACACGGCCCUGGACGAGGAAGAUCUCGAAAAACUGUCAGAACUCGGGCAUUUCUUAAAAGGUUCCUCCGCGACACUAGGCUUGGUCAAGGUUCGCGAUGGAUGUGAAAAGAUCCAGAGAUAUGGCAAGCAAGAAAACCUCGAUGGUUCUCCAGAGAACGACGUCAAGGUGUGCCUGGACCAAAUAAAAAAAGCGCUCACAGCGGUCAAGUCCGACUACGAGGAGGUCGAAACCGGACUGAGGAAUUUCUACAAGGAUGAUGACGACGAGGAUGGCGCUUAA